AUGCUUGUCUUCCCUCCCCACUACCCAGACGAGACCCUCGGCUCUUUGGCCAGCCCUUCCUCCCUGCAGGGCCCCGAGCCCCACGGCUGGCGCCCCCCAGUGGACUGUGUCCGGGCCAAUGAGCUGUGUGCAGCUGAAUCCAACUGCAGCUCCCGCUACCGUACACUGCGGCAGUGCCUGGCAGGCCGGGACCGCAACACCAUGCUGGCCAACAAGGAGUGCCAGGCGGCCCUGGAGGUCCUGCAGGAGAGCCCGCUGUAUGACUGCCGCUGCAAGCGGGGCAUGAAGAAGGAGCUGCAGUGCUUGCAGAUCUACUGGAGCAUCCACCUGGGGCUGACCGAGGGUGAGGAGUUUUACGAAGCCUCACCCUACGAGCCGGUCACCUCCCGCCUCUCAGACAUCUUCAGGCUUGCUUCAAUCUUCUCAGGGACAGGGGCAGACCCGGUGGUCAGCGCCAAGAGCAACCACUGCCUGGAUGCUGCCAAGGCCUGCAACCUGAACGACAAUUGCAAGAAGCUGCGCUCCUCCUACAUCUCCAUCUGCAACCGUGAGAUCUCACCCACCGAGCGCUGCAACCGCCGCAAGUGCCACAAGGCCCUGCGCCAGUUCUUUGACCGUGUGCCCAGCGAGUAUACCUACCGCAUGCUCUUCUGCUCCUGCCAAGACCAGGCGUGUGCUGAGCGCCGCCGGCAGACCAUCCUGCCCAGCUGCUCCUACGAGGACAAGGAGAAGCCCAACUGCCUGGACCUCCGCAGCGUGUGCCGGACCGACCACCUAUGCCGGUCCCGGCUGGCAGACUUCCACGCCAAUUGUCGAGCCUCCUACCAGACACUCACCAGCUGCCCUGCGGACAAUUACCAGGCGUGUCUGGGCUCCUACGCUGGCAUGAUAGGAUUUGACAUGACACCCAACUACGUGGACUCCAACCCCACUGGCAUUGUGGUGUCCCCCUGGUGCAGUUGUCGUGGGAGUGGCAACAUGGAGGAGGAGUGUGAGAAGUUCCUCAGGGACUUCACUGAGAACCCAUGCCUCCGGAAUGCCAUCCAGGCCUUUGGCAAUGGCACAGAUGUGAACCUGUCCCCUAAGAACCCCUCAUUCCAGGCCACCCAGGCCCCUCGGGUGGAGAAGAUUCCUUCUUUGCCAGAUGACCUCAGUGAUAGCACCAGCCUGGGGACCAGUGUCAUCACCACCUGCACUUCCGUCCAGGAGCAGGGCCUGAAGGCCAAUAACUCCAAAGAGUUAAGCAUGUGCUUCACAGAGCUGACUACAAACAUCAUCCCAGGGAGUAACAAGGUGAUAAAACCUAACUCAGGCCCCAGCAGAGCCAGACCGACGACUGCCUUGACCGCUCUCUCCUUGCUGAUGCUGAAACUGGCGUUGUAGGUCCUGGGAACCUCGUUGGAAGAUAUCUGGAAGCUUCACAAACAGGAAACACCCGCCUGACAAAAUGGAAACACACACAGACACACACACGCACACACGCGCUCACACACACCUUGCAAAAAAAGAAUUUUUCUCCACCUUGUCUCUGAACUUGUCUCCUCCCAGGUUCCUUCUCUGGAGAAGUUUUUCUAAACCAAACAGACAAGCAGGCGGGCAGCCUGAGAGCAGGCACCCGAGGUCCCCAGACAAGGGAAACCCAGCACCGAGGAGGGCUAGAGGGUCCGGAAAUGCUCCUCACUUUCUCCUGGUGGUUCCUGUCUGGACCUUCUGAAGCAAGAGAUCAAGAUAUGACCCCUGUGGCCGAGGGGACUUGUGGCUGUGCCCGAUGCAGGCUGG